GAGAGAGAGAGAGAGAGAAGGCGCUUGAGCUCCUCUGUUCAUUCCCGGUUCUUGAAGCGCACAGACCGCAUCGCCGUGUCUUUUGUCGCGGCUCGGAAACUUUACGCGCGGCGCUUUUUGCUUUACUGCUCGAUUAUUAUUUUGUGUGUGUGUGUGUGUGUGCUUGUUUAUUUUUUUUACAUUUCCAGGAUAAAUCCUGUACUUUGACCGGAAGACUGCAGACAUUAUAUCCUCACUGAAUGCUCAUUUCUUCCAGCAUUUCACAGUCGGGUUGAUUUUGUGUUUUUUUUUUUUUACUCCCCCAAGCUUUUUUUGGCUGGAUUUACCGGAGCCUCCCCGACCUCCUCUUUAUUCGGAUCUGCUUCAAGCUCUGAACAUUUGUAUUUCCCCGAGACAUGCUCGGGUCACACAGCCAUGCUGGUUAAAUCUUCACAUGGACUGUCUUGGUGGACGAGAACGGAAAGGCGCACGGACAGCAGAUCUUAGAGUCAGGUCGAGGAUGGUGUGUGGAUUUACAGCGCACAGACACCGGCGCGACUUCAGUGUCUAACGGAAGUUUAUUAUUAUUAUUAUUAUUAUUAUUAUUAUUAUUACAUCAAUUCAUAUGAAUACCCCAUUGGAACAGGUUGGGGUGUAGAAUAUAGGCUGUUCAGGAUAGCCUGUGUGUAUGUAUAGGCUAUAUUUUUUCUCUGCUGCUUAGUUUGUGGGUGGAAAACCGAAUUAAAAGACUGGCGUAUGGUACAGAUUGCCUUUGCUGCUCCCAGCUUUUGCACCGUCUCUCGGACUGCGCGGCGCCGCCUGGCCUCGGAUCCCGGGACCUACUUCAUGAUUUGCGGACGCCAUGCUCGUUCUUUAGCCGGGAGACCCUCUGCACGUCGUCGCGCAUGUUCAGGACCAGACGGUCGGGGCUCGUCCGGCGACUCUGGAGGAGCCGCGCGCCCGUCGACGGCGACGGGGAGGAGGCGGCGGACGCCGGGACGCACGGCGCGGGAGGAAGCGGAAGAGGAAACGGAAGCUUGUGCAUGGGCAAAGCGACCAAGGCCGCCGGUGGUGGUGGUGGCGGCGGCGGCGGUGGUGCGAGUGCGGAGGCCGAACUGAAGGCGCUCACGCACUCGGUGCUGAAGAAGAUCAAGGAGAAGCAGCUGGAGGUGCUGCUGCAGGCCGUGGAGUCGAAGGGCGGAGCGCGGAGCCCGUGCCUCAUGCUGCCCGGCCGAGUGGACGCGUACUCGCUCCCGCUGCUGCUCUUUAAGGUUUUCCGCUGGCCAGACCUCCGACACUGGUCGCAGUUAAAGCGGUUGCCGUGCUGUGAAUCCUACGGGAAGAUUAACCCGGAGCUCGUGUGCUGCAACCCGCACCAUAUGAGCCGCCUGUGCGAACCCGAAUCCCCUCCUCCUCCGUACUCCCGAUAUCCAGUGGACUUACUUAAGUCACCCGAUUCUCCGGGCUCUACGCCUGCUUCCACUGAAACUGGGGGAACGAUACAUUCAGCCCCUGUGGGGUUUUCAGAUUCCCAAGGUCUUCAGGAGUGUGGUGAGCACGAGCACUGGUGUGUGGUGGCGUACUGGGAGGAGAAGACGCGCGUCGGCCGCCUCUAUUCGGUCCGCGAGCCAUCGCUGGACAUCUUCUACGACCUACCUCAGGGCACGGGCUUCUGCCUGGGCCAGCUGUGCUCGGAGAGCCGAAGCGCACUCGUGCACAUGGUGCGGCCCAAAAUCGGCUACGGCAUCCAGCUGAGCCGCGAGGCCGACGGCGUGUGGGUGUACAACCGCAGCCGAUACCCCAUCUUCAUCAAAUCAGCCACGCUGGAUGACCCUUCAUCACGAACUCUGCUCGUGCACAAGGUUUUCCCCGGGUUCUCCAUCAAAGCCUUCGACUACGAGAAGGCCAAGAGCCUGCAGAGACCCAACGACCAUGAGUUCAGCCAUCAGCCGCGUGCCGGAUUCACCGUGCAGAUCAGCUUCGUCAAGGGCUGGGGUCAGUGCUACACCAGACAGUUCAUCAGCAGCUGCCCCUGCUGGCUCGAACUCAUCUUCAAUAACCGAUAGCCACAAGCCCCGCCCACUUCCCCCUUCCUUGACCACCAUGGACACGGACUGGCCCUGACCUCGUUUGGGACUUAUUUGCUAUUCUUUUUUUUUUUCUUCUUUUUUUUGUUGUGACAGAGUGAGAAAAAAAGUUCUCCAGAAGAUUUUACGAAAGAAGAGAGAGAGAGAGUUAAAAAGAAGAAAGUAAGGAAAACCCAUGACGGGUUUUUAUUAAAGACUUUAAAAGAUUUAAUUAAGUGAAAUAAAGGUUCAAAUGUAUUGUUAUAUAUAAAUAUAUUAUUACUUGUAAAUACGAAGACGUUUUAUAUGCAUCGUUAUUUAUGUAUUGUGCAGUGUGUUGAUAGAAAUAGAAAAGAUGCACUUUGCUUAAUAUAAAUGCACACCGGAGAAAUGCCAAAAUUAAAAAAAAAAAAAAAAAAAAAAAAA